GAAGGGCAGGCAGUUGGGCAGGGUCUUCGGGAGCGAGCUAGAUCGACACCAUUCACAGCGGGAAUCGGACGAUGGAGUGAGAAGGAGGCUGUUACAGUUUCUGUUCCCGGGCUCUACCGACCAGGAUGUGGGCAGAAGGAGAAGAAGAAGAAGCGAUGAAGGGGUUGGAGUAAUCGCAUCGUGACUCAGGGGUGAUGAUGUUCUGCUGAUGGAGUCCGUGAGUCUUGAUGAGAACACGCCAAAACCGAAUGCCACAGCCAAGCCCUUGCUCUGACACUGCUUCUCUGCGGGACACUUGGGAGAAGGGGGAAACAACAAGCGAGCGGGAGGAAGGAGGCACCUUAGGCCGGAGCUACGCACUGAUUGAUUUAUUUGUUGUUGUGACAAGCCUCUGACCACGGAUUUCUGCGCUAGCUUAUUGCCAGGCUUGCUGUAGAAAUCUGGUUUGUGGUCUGAUUGUAGUUUGCAGUUCAAAUUCUUGGCUUGUGGUCAAGUUAGUAGCCUGCUUUCUUGCUUUGUGGAUGUUUUGUGCGGGGCUGUCGUUAGGGUUUCGUUGCUUUUGAUUGGAGUUAGUUUGGUUGGGCACAGUGGUAUUGUCCCUGGUUUUGUUUUGUCUAUGUGUUUGAGUGGUUGUUUAGUGUGUGUGCGCGUGUGUGUGCUCGGGAAGGGGGUGAGGUUGGAGGAGAGUUUUAGGGUGUGUGUGUGAGAGACAUGGCGACGGAGAAUGAAGUUAGUGUAGUGAAGGGGGGAGAUGCGAAAGAAGUGAAUAAGGAGGAGGAGCAGGAGAAGGAGAUAGUCGCUGUUGUCGCAGUAGUAGACCCAGUAAUGGAGAAGUUAGAGUCAAUUCCGACAAGAAAGGAACGGCUGCAGAAAGUAAUGGCAGACUUGGAGAUUCAGAGAGCGGCGAUAGUGAAUUGUACUCUAGAAUGGAAAGAGUUCGAGGAUUAUUUUACGGAGCUUGAGGCAGUUAUGCAGAAGAGACUCGAGGAUCUAGUAGCAAAGGAAAAGGCCUUUGAGAUUAAGUAUCAGGAGAUGCAGAAAGCCCUUGAUAACAGGGAAGAAGCUGUGUCGUCGCGGGAGCAGGCCAUGCUCUCACGAGUACAGGAACAGAAAGACUCUGCUAUUGCCUCUCUGUUCGAAGAGAAGCGCAAGUGGCUCGAAGAGCGAUCUCACAUUGAAGUCGAAAGUGCCUUCAAAGGUCCACUGACUAACGGUGUCUCUCCUGAGACAACAUCCAGUAAACCAGAUUCUGACCGCCCCGCGCACGCAGCUAUUACCAAUGGCUCUGCUCUGAAUUCUCAAGCUAUGGAAGUAGACGUUGCAUCUUCUGCUAAGCUUGCUGGAAACAAAAAUGCCACCGCUGUUGAGCGUGAUGGGGCUGCAAAUGGAUUAGUGCCUGCUAGAAAGUCCGAUAGCACCACCACUGCGGCUCUCCUAACCUCAAAUACAGUCUCCCCUUCUCCCACCACCACUUCUCCUACUAGCAAUGGUCUCACUCCCACUCCCGCUCCUACAGCACUAGGAGCUGAAGUGCGAGUGCGUCCAGAGCUGAAGGUGCUAUGCGAGAUUAUGGAUGGCGAUGGGCUGAGGAAGUACAUUGUCAACCAUAAAAAGGAUGUGGGAGCCCUCCGUAACGAGCUGCCCUCUGCUCUGCAGUGUGCUAUCGAUCCUGCACGUAUGGUACUGGGGACUUUGGAGGGGUAUCACCUCCCCGAGCCCACCAGUGUGGCAGUUACCAAUCCUUCCCUGCAACAGCAAGGGAACUCCGAGAAGGAUAAGGAGUCAGGGGCCUCGGCUAACCGCCGGGCCUGUAUUCUGCUUCUGGAGUGUCUGGCUGUGGUUUUAGCUGACCCGGUGUUGGGAGCAGAUCACCCGGUGGUUCCCAGUAAUGUUAAGGAAUCGGCCAAGCAAGUGGCAGAUCAGUGGAAGUCCAGAAUGAAUUUGCAAGGCGAUACCGCUGGCAAUUCUCUUGAUGCCCAGGCUUUUCUUCAGCUCGUGGCUACCUUUGGAAUUGCUACGGAGUAUAACGAUGACGAGCUGUGCAAACUUGUCACCGCUGUUGCCAGGCGCAGGCAAACCCCUGCGCUCUGCCGGUCCCUUGGACUAACUGCCAAGAUACCAGACGUCGUGGACAGGCUAGCCAAAGAAGGCAAGCAGAUUGAAGCUCUCUCAUUCGCUCACUCUUUCGGAAUAAUGGAUCGAGUUCUCCCCAUUCCCUUGCUGAAAGCUUAUCUUAAGGAGGCUCGGAGAACUGCUCAGUCAAUUUUAAAAUCUGGAUCCAGUUCAGCUGCUGCUCAGAACGAUGCAACGAUGAAAGAACUGGCUGCACUGAAAGCAGUGCUCAAGUGCAUUGAAGAAUACCAGUUAGAAAGUCAGUAUCCGUCCAUGCCCCUUCAAAAGCGCGUACUUCAUCUAGAGAAGGCUAAAUCAGAUAGAAAGAGGGCGGCCGUGGCUGUGAAGGCUCAAACCAAGCGACCCCGUGCUAGCAAUGGUACUGGAGGUGGUUAUGCGACGACUGCGAAUGUUAAUAACAAUGACAGUAGAAGCUAUUACCGUGGUUCCUCAGAUAGAGGUCAAUACGGGAGUGCAGGCGGAACAGCUUACAGCAUGCAACCUCAGAAUACAUAUGAUCGUCGUGGCCAAGGUGGUUACUCUACUACAUAUGCAGGUGGGAAUCGCAGCCCAGUUUCCCUUUCUAGCUCGUAUCUUUAUUCUACUGAUGGCUUGGGUUCACCUGUAUACGGAACUUCAGGUUAUACCAAUUCUGCUAACACAUACAGUAGUUAUCAGUUUGGUAGUGGGCUGCCUCCCCCUCCUCCAGCUUAUCAGGCUUCGUUUCUUCAUUGAAGAUAUUCAAAAGAUCGGAUUUUUUGUAGCAUGUUGAUAUUAGCUAACCUCGCUCCCUAAGUAUCUUCAGAUCAAGGUUGUUUUGCUGACAACAUUCUUCUAUCCGUCUCAUGGAAUUUGGGCACUCUGGACAAGCCAUACUAAAUUUAGUUGGAUCUAUUAGAGAAGGCUAUGUUAUAUUUUGAGGAACUCUAUUCAGGUUUGUGCAGCAGGUCCACAGCUUGAGGUUGAAAUUUACCUCAAGAAUUAGUGUGCAGACUAGGUUCAUGACAAUCCUUCCAUGUGCUUUUAUGGACGCAGUUGCGACUUCUUUGAAAUCUUUGCAAUGAUCGUAGUAACAGCGAUGAAAUUCAACUCAUGAAGCAAUCUGCCUUAAAUGUUUAAUAGUCAAAUGUAGUAGGGUUGGGGCCUUCAACGAUUCCUCGUGUUUGCCUACAGGUGAAAACGCUCGUUGUCGGGCAGUUACUUUAUACCUUAGCAUGCUAUGUUAUUCGUAACUGAUUCGGCAUGGUUGCUGUAUGCUCCACAAAUUCAUUACAAGCUAACAAGCAGUUGAGAGUU